AUGUCUUACAAUAAUCUCAUUGGUGCAAUUCCCAGUAUAUCGUUGAAGCUUCUUCACAAACCGUUGAUAUUUCUGCACUCAAACCAAUUUGAAGGCGAAAUUCCACCCUUUUUAGUGCAAGCUUCAAAGCUCAAGCUCUCCAAAAAUAAUUUUUCAAAUUUGUUUUCAUUCCUCUGUGAUCAAAGAACAUAUGCGAAUUUGGCCUCUUUAGAUUUAUCAAACAAUCAGAUGAAGGGAAAGCUGCCAAACUGUUGGAAAUACGUUGAUCGAUUAUUGUUUCUUGAUUUAAGCAACAAUAAAUUGUCAGGAAACAUUCCUGUGUCCAUGGGCAGCCUUGUUAAAUUGGAAGUCUUGGUUUUACGAAACAAUAACCUAAUGGGUGAAUUACCUUCCACUUUGAAGAACUGCAGCAAUUUAAUUAUGGUGGAUGUGAGUAAAAAUAUGUUGUCUGGUCCAAUACCAUCAUGGAUUGGAGAAAGUAUGCAGCAAUUGAUAAUCUUGAACAUGCGAGGGAAUCACUUCAGUGGACACCUUCCAGUUAAUCUCUGUUAUUUGAAGCAUAUUCAUUCGUUGGAUCUUUCAAGGAAUUACUUAUCGAGAGGUAUUCCAACAUGCUUAAAGAAUUUGACAGCAAUGUCUGAAAAGAUCAUCAACAGAGGUGCAAUUCUAAAUCAGAUAUAUUGGUCUAUCAAUCUUACUUACCAUGAACCUUAUCAUUCUUUUGCAUCCAAUUAUGAUAAUUAUACACUUAAAAUAACAUGUAUGUGGAAAGGUGUGGAACUGUGGUUUUUGGAUCCAGAGUUACAACUUAAGAGCAUUGACCUUUCAAGUAAUAAUUUAACAUGUGAAAUACCAAAAGAGAUUGGAUAUUUGGCUGGGCUAGUUUCUCUAAAUUUAUCCCGAAAUUAUCUAAGCGGAGAAAUUCCUUCUGAGAUGGGAAAUUUAAGUUCUCUUUCUCAAAUUGAUGAUCUAGGCAAGUUAGAUUUAUCACGCAACUCUCUUUCGGGAAGAAUCCCACGAGGAAGACAUUUUGAAACCUUUGAAGGCUAUAGUUUUGAAGGAAACAGAGAUCUUUGUGGUGAACAACUCAACAAAAGUUGUCCUGGAGAUGGAGAUCAAACGACAGUAAAGUUCCCAGAAGUUGAAACAAUCAAUGGUGAUGAAGACAGUGUCUUUUACGAGGCAUUAUACAUGAGCAUGGGAAUAGGAUUCUUUACUGGAUUUUGGGGCUUAUUAGGGCCAAUACUACUUUGGCAUCCUUGGAGAAAGCAUUACAUGAGAUUUGUGAACAGACUGAUAAAUUAUAUAUGUGAAUGGUUAUAG